GCAUUAAUUGGAAAUCAAUCGUUCCCCAAGUGUUAUUAUUUUGUUUCUUCCCAUGUCACGGCACACUUGGAAACGUAUCGGCGAAACAAUUGCAACAUUGCACCUGGUAACGAGACCCGUUAGUCGCCAUAAUUUGGACAUACCGGGCGCCCAAUGUAGGCGUUACAAAAAUUUCCAGUAAUACACCAAUAGGAAUAACAAUGUUUUCCCGGGCCGCCAAAUCCAUCGUGAAAACCAUCGGUCAGCGAAAAUAUCCCGCUGGUGAAGAGAACAUCAAGCUGGCAUUGAUCGGAGGGGCUGGAGAGAUAGGCAGAUCUUUGUCGCAAAUGCUGAAACAAAGCUCUAAGCUGGAUGUCCUUGCACUGUAUGACGUGGCCGCGUUGAAUAAGAGAUUUUCAACUCCGAUUGAGAUUAAUAAAUUUUGUGACGCUAAAAUCACAAAUACCGCGAAUUCGCGGAUGUUAACGAUGCUGGAGAAAUCAAGAACAAACAAAGGUGAUUAUCGUCUGUCGAACGUGAACGAGAAUCUGACCGAGGAUUUCGUUAACAUUCACCGAUUGCCGACCGCCGAACAAUGCGUCACCAAUCAAUAUUCUAAAACAGCGGAGCAACCGCAGGUAAGAGUGUUUUGUUAACGUGUUACCCCGACACGAUCUUUUAUCACCAUUUUUAUG